AUGGUUGACUUCGUGGUUCCAAUGGGCAACCGCUGCGGCUUCCAUGUUACAGGGAUGAUGGAUGGCUCAACCUGCAGAUUGCUUCUCCGACACGUUGUCAAAUUACAUGAUUGGUACGUUGAGAUUAUGAGGUCCAAUCAAGACAUGAGCGCGAAAGUACAGGUGUCAGUCGAGUACAUGCCGCACCACACCAUGGACCAGGACUUGAGAAUCGGGGUGGAAGACCAUACUUGUCUCCGAUUGAGAGCACUCAGAGACGCGCCCAAUUGGCCUGUCUGA